UCGCAGCUUCCCUAUGGCAAAGCCCUCUACAGUUACGAGGGGAAAGAGCCUGGUGAUCUCAAGUUCAACAAGGGAGACAUCAUCAUCCUGAGGCGCAGGGUGGACGAACACUGGUUCCAUGGGGAACUGGGUGGCGCCCAUGGCUUCCUGCCAGCCAGCUACGUGCAGUGCCUCCGGCCCCUGCCACCUGCCCCACCACAAGGCAAAGCCCUAUAUGACUUUGAGAUGAAGGACCGGGACCAGGACAAGGACUGCCUGGCCUUCACCAAGGGUGAAGUCCUUACUGUGAUCAGAAGAGUGGAUGACAACUGGGCUGAGGGAAUGCUGGGAGACAAGGUCGGAAUUUUCCCCCUCCUGUAUGUGGAGCUCAACGACUCUGCCAAGGAGCUUAUUGAGAUGAACAAGCUCUGCCCAACUGCUGUGUCUGGCUGUCAUGCCUCAUUGCCCUCUGACCCCGGCGCAGUGGCCAGUGUGACCUCAGGUCCCACUUUAAGCAACACAGGGGCAGUCAGUGCCUUUCAACAACGUGCGGACGGCAAGAAGAAUGCCAAGAAACGCCAUUCCUUCACUGCGUUCAGCGUGACACACAGGUCUUCACAGGCCACCAGCCACAGGCAUUCCAUGGAAAUUAGUGCUCCAGUUCUAAUCAGCUCCAGUGAUCCCCGGGCCGCGGCCAGGAUUAGAGACCUGCCUCACCUGUCCUGCAGUGCUCCUGCCCAGGACUCUUCCCCGGCUGGAUCCAACCCAGCGGCUGAGCAUCAGGGCACAGCUCCCAAAGCCCAGCUGCCCCUCAACAUGUACCUGGCACUCUAUGCCUACAAGCCCCAGAAGAAUGAUGAGCUGGAGCUGCACAAGGGUGAGCUGUAUCACGUCCUUGAGAAGUGUCAGGAUGGCUGGUUCAAGGGCACAUCCCUGAGGUCUGGGCUGUCUGGGGUGUUUCCGGGGAACUACGUGACACCUGCUUCCAGGGCUCCCUUAGGAGGGGCUGGGCCACCCUGGGAUAAUGCAGUUGGAGGGUCUCCACUGGUCAAAGGGAUUGCCGCGGCCACCCACCCAGGUGGCGGAAGCCUGAGCAGCCCUGCCAGUGCCCUGAGACUAGCCUUUCCUCUCAGCACAACCCAGGCCCAGCACCAAGCAGCGUCUCCCUCAGUGGGCAGUUGUCUCUGGCACUCAGCCCAGCCAGUGGAGAGCCAAACUCAGAACACUGUCCCUGCAGCUGCUCACUCCUCUGCUCAGGCUCAAGACCGACCAACUGCCAUGGUGUCACCCCUGCACACCCAAAACUCCCCGUCCCGCCUGCCCACAGCCAGCCUCAGGCCCCACUCUGUGGUAUCCCCACAGCACCUCCACCAGCCCCCAAUGCAGACCAUCACUGAGGCUCAGUGCACCCGGCCAACCAUCCCACUCACGUCAGCAGCAUCAGCCAUCACACCUCCCAAUGUCACUGCUGUCAGUCUCGACGGGGACACCGGAGGGGGAACCAUCAGUGUCCUGUCCACAUCCAGCCCCACCAACAGGGGAUGCAAACCUGACGAGAAGAAAAACGAAAAGAAAGAGAAGAAGAGUGGGCUGCUGAAACUUCUAGCAGGGGCAUCCACCAAGAAGAAGUCUCGCUCCCCAACGUCCAUCUCUCCCACCCAUGACCACCAGGUGGCACUGGACACCUCACUCCGGGGGGCAGUGGGCUCCCAAGUGUCCUCACUGUCCAUCCAUGGCCGGGCAGGGUCCUGCCCCAUAGAGAGUGAGAUUCAGGGGGCGAUGGGGAUGGAGCCACUGCACAGAAAGGCGGGCUCCUUGGAUCUGAACUUCUCAUCUCCUUCCAGGCAAGCCUCUUUCUCCAUGGCUGCCACCUGCCCUGAGCCCAAGCCCAAGCCAGUGCCCAGAGAGAGGUACAGAGUGGUGGUGUCAUACCCACCCCAGAGUGAGGCGGAGAUAGAACUGAAAGAAGGCGACAUUGUGUUUGUGCAUAAGAAACGUGAGGAUGGCUGGUACAAGGGGACCCUGCAGAGGAAUGGCCGCACAGGCCUCUUCCCAGGCAGUUUCGUCGAGAGCUUCUGAGGAUGAACUCUCCACAGCCCUUCACCAGGGAAGAAGGCCUUCCAGGAAGCCCCAAGGUGCAAAGAGAGCCAUGACACUCAAAGUUCCCAGGUGCCUUCUAAGGCUCCUGGCAGGGGACACCACAGCCUGGGGUGGGGGCCCAAGGGUGUGGAGGUUGUGUCUCCACUCACAACCCCUAACCAAGAGCACACGCUGGGGUUGUUCUUGGACAAGAUGCCUGUUACUCCUAUGUGAACUAUAAAGAAAUAUCUUUGGAGAGAGAGA